CAAAAACUAAACAUUAUGAAGUUGAUACUAUUAGAAAAAAGGGCUUUUUCACUCCCCAUAUGGCACGCCACAAUAUGCAGCCCCAGAGGUGAUAGAAUCCUACGGCUAUGAGGGUCCAAAGGCUGAUAUUUGGGCAUGUGGUGUUACACUUUUCUUUUUGGUUGCUGGUUAUUUGCCCUUCACCGCCGAUAACUCGUCUUCUUUAUAUAAAAAGAUUCGUGAUGCCGACUACACCCUCCCUCAUUUUUUUUCUAGAGAUUUAAAGAGACUGGUUGGGAGAAUGCUUGAUCCCAAUCCUGUUAGAAGGAUCACAAUUGAUGAUAUGUAUCAGGAUCUGUGGUUCAUCACGAAUUACCAACCUCUUAGAUUUUCCAAGGAAUCUGUUAGUUUUGAUUAUGACUCACCAGAUCUUCCAGCAGAGAAGGAAGAAAGAGGAUCUUCAUCAGAAGCACCAAUCAUGAAUGCGUUUGAGAUUUCUUCUACUUAUCUGGGCUUCAACCUUAUUGGAAAUCUUUUCAGUAAGGUACAUGUUAAGCUGGAAACUAGUUUCAUAUCCAAAUCUCCCAUCCUUGAUAUAGUUGGAGAAAUUGAGUAUAGAACAGCGAGAUUAGGAUUUGAAGUUCAGAGGAAGAACUAUCAGAUCAAUAUUAACAGUAAAGAGGAACUGGCUAGACGAAAAGGUCACCUAUCUAUAGUCACUAAGGUGUAUGAGAUGGUCUCUCCCUAUUACAUGGUUGUGGUUCGUAAUGCUUCAGGAGAUAAUCUACAAUUCCAUGAGUUCUGCGAGCAAUUAUAUGCUGAGCUGCGAAAUAUCAUUUGGAAAACAGAACCUUUACAAAAUGGAUAACAUGCCCUUGCUGAAAAAGAAGGAAAAGAAAAGCAUUAGUGAGUGAGAGAGGGGAGGCUUUUGAGACGGAUGCUAGGAAGAGUUGCGAGAGCAAGGAUAGAUUGAAGUUGCACAAGGAAGGUUAUACGGAGGCUUUUGGAGCAGGAAAUCCAGAUAAGGGAAGUUGAACCUAGUUCUUUAUUUUUGUUACUCUUGAUGUUGGUUGUUUAAAA